AUCUCAAGCAUCAGCGCUCUCAGACCAUUCCUUUCGUCCUCUUCUUCGCACUGCCACCGCCCACGGCCGCACCGUCGACUCCAGCCCCAAGCACGGCGGCCACCCAAAGGCUCUCCGGUCGUGAUCGAAGCACGGCAUUGGAUUGGCGUGGAGUGGAGAUCUAUCCAGACUUGGGGUUGGUUUCUUCUUUUGUUGUUGCUCCAUUCAGUUACGAUGGCAGCGAUGAAUAGUGAUUUGGGAGGCCUAGCUGGCAGGCCUACAAAUCCACAAGCAAAUCCUUUUGAAGGUGCCUUGUAUGGUGCUGGACCAGGACUGAUCCGUACUGGACUAGGAGUGUACGGGGAAAAGUUUUUAGAUUCAAGUUCUGAGUUUAUGCAGAGCAAUAUUACGCAAUAUUUGUCUGACCCUCAGUACUACUUUCAAGUCAACAGCCAGUAUGUGAGGAACAAACUGAAGGUCAUCUUGUUCCCUUUCUUGCACAGGGGUCACUGGACAAGAAUAACUGAACCAGUAGGGGGAAGGCUGUCCUACAAACCUCCAGUCCAGGAUAUCAAUGCACCAGACUUGUACAUCCCUUUGAUGGCAUUUGGCACCUACAUUGUAGUUGCUGGAUAUGCCUUGGGAGCUCUUGGCAGGUUUACCCCAGAGGCUCUGACCCUACAGUUCUCUAAGGGGUUACUUGGUUGGUUUCUGCAAGUCAUCCUCAUCAAAGGUCUGCUGUACUCCCUGGGCAGUGGCGAAGCGCUGUUGCUGGACAUUGUGGCGUACGCUGGAUAUGGUUUCGCCGGUACUUCCCUUGCGAUGCUGGCCCGCAUCUUCUGGACCUUCCUGUACUAUUUCAUCAUGCCAUGGUUCUGCAUCUGCACGGGAGUUUUCCUCGUGAAGACCAUUAAGAGGGUUCUUCUGGGCGGGCCAAGGAACUACGAGAGGCACCCCAGCCGGAACCACUAUUUUCUGCUCUUCCUGGCCGUCGUGCAGUUCCCUAUGCUGUUCUGGCUCGGCAACAUCAGCGGUUGAUUUUUUGAUCGAGCUACGUAAAUCGUUUUUGAGAGACUGCCGUGCAGAAUAAACUUGUGAUAAUUCUUGCUGAUGAACUUCAUAGUUGUUACCUUAGGCUAUUGUGAAAAUGCUAUAGAACUUUUAACUAUGGAUCUAUGGAUUAACGGAUGAAAGCACGCGUUACUAAUUCA